UCGCGGUUGAAGCCGCUCCAUAAGCCCCGUCAGCAAUCUCCACUGGCAUCUCUAGCCCAGAAUCUCUGUAACCGGAGAUUAAAUUCUAACCUCAAACAAAACACAGCUGAUAACAUGUUUUCACAGUAUAACCUUAUCUGCAACUAUUUUUUAAUGACUUUAACUAGUUUUAGUUCAGAAUAGUAAUAAUUCUAGGUAAUUUUGAUCUGUAAAAAUGUUGAAAACAACUGGAAAAUUCUUCCAUCACAUGCAUUUCGUGACAAAUCGUGUAAAAAUGGGGCAGAAAAUCCUGCAGUGCUCCACUUCAUCUUUUCACUCAGAUCAUCAGAGAAGCAAAUCGAAAAAAAUUUCUCCCCACAUAUUGCAAUGCAGUAAACCAGGGGAUCAGUGCACACUCUUCGGAGGAAUGAGUUCUUCUGGAUUAUUGCGAAAUCGAAGGGCCAACCUCAUCUGUCAAUCGUCGCGGCACUUGUCGGAUUUACCAACUGCCUUGGAACGUGUUGUCCCACAAUACGAAGGGAUGAUGAAAAUAUUAGUGGACAGUCCUCCCAUAGAGUUUAUUCAGAAUCACCUUAUCACGUUGCACUCCACCCUGGGACUACCUUGGUGGGCCACGAUCCUUCUAAUUACAUGUACAACCAGGACUUUGAUUACUUUACCUUGUGCAUUGUACCAGCAACACAUCCUCGCAAAAUUAUCGAACUUAAGGUGGGAAAUGGAUGAGGCUGUGCCCCAUCUGAAGAGAGAUGCAAACUACAGAGUCCAGGUGUUGGGAUACACUGAGAAUGAGUCGCGAGGACUGUACAAUAAAGCAUUCAGGGAGAAGUGGAGUGAGUUGAUAAUCCGGGAAAACUGCCAUCCAAUGAAGGGAUUCGUACUAAUCUUGACUCAGUUGCCACUCUGGAUAUCCCUGUCUGCGUCUAUCAGGAACCUUUGUUAUAUGCUGCCCUAUCCAACUUCACAGGCCCUGAAAACUGUCACUGAACUAUCUCAAGAGGGCAUCGCUUGGAUCCCAAAUUUAGCUGUAGCAGAUCCAUAUUAUAUUCUCCCAGUAGUUAUGGGAACUUGUAAUUUAAUUAACAUCGAGUUCAACUAUAUGAUGAGAGUGAAAGAACCUACUAGACUCCAGAGAAUAUCGUUGAACGUAUUCCGCGGUAUUUCGUUGCUCCUGUUUCCUAUCGCUGCGAUCGUUCCCUCGGGAAUGAGUCUCUACUGGGCAACGAGCAGUGUCUUCGGGCUUUUCCAGAACAUACUUAUCGUUUCUCCGAGGGUGCGAAGAUUCUUUAGAAUUGAAGAGACUGAAACCGAGUUGCAACACCCGUACAGACAUGUAUUCAACAGUAUGAAAGCGCGAAUUCCGAGAAAAGUUGUUGAAACGUCGUCAAUUCCGAAGAAAUCUACUUCGUCAGUCAGAAAGAAAUGAAGAUAAAUUGGAUAAUUGGAGAAGUGGUGGGGAGGGGAUGAGUCGAAAACAAAUUCUUGAUGUUCGUUCAGAAUCGGGAACAUUAAAAAUAACUAAUUGAUGAGGAUAAAUAAAUAAUAAUGAAUGAAGAGAAUCACGAGAAAAAUUUCGAAUAAAAUUGUUGAUAAUUUUUUAUCCAAAAAUUAAUUUCUGUUAUGAAGUGGUAAAUUGAGG